GAUCCGGCCAGUAUACAAUGAACCAUGACCAUUCCAAGAAGACCCCUGAUGGAGCAUCAUUUGACCGCUCAGGAUCUCAGGACUCCUUGGAUGAACUGUCUAUGGAUGAUUACUGGAAAGAACUUGAAAAUAUCCAUGAAACCAGAGGAAAUAAUCAUGAAGAACGAGUAGCACUUGUAAUGAAAGAGCCAGAUGAGGGAGAACUGGAAGAAGAAUGGCUGAAGGAAGCAGGUCUGUCAAAUCUGUUUGGCGAGAGCUCUGGCGACUCCCUGGAAAGCGUGGUGUUUCUGUCCACACUGACCCGAACCCAGAGGGCAGCAGUAGAAAAGCGAGUAGAAACUGUCACACAAACCAUGAGGAAAAAAAACAAACAUCACCAGAUCCCUGAUGUCAGAGAUAUCUUCAGGCUCCAAAAUGAUGCAAAGGGAAAAGUGUGUGAUGGAAAUGAACCCUCAACCGGGAGACAAAGUGAAAGCAAAAAUGAAAUGCAAGAUGGAACAAAAGGUCCACAGUUCAGUCUUGGAACUGAUGAGCAGAAGAGCCCGCUUGAAGACAUGCCGUCUUCGGACACUGACAUAAAUUUGGAGAUAUCUUUUUCAGAACAGGCAGCUAAUUUCAAAGACAGCUCCGUAGGCAAAAUGUGCAAGGGUGGAGGGGGUGACACUCUUCUCCCGAAUUUCAGGGUGCCGAAGGACAAAACAGGUACCACAAAGAUUGGUGACCUGGCCCCUCAGGACAUGAAGAAAGUCUAUUCUCUAGCACUGAUUGAAUUAACUGCUCUCUAUGACAUACUUGGGACAGAAUUCAAGCAGCAAAAAGCUGUAAAAAUCAAAACCAAAGACUGUGGCUUAUUUGGUGUCCCGCUGUCAGUUUUACUGGAACAGGAUCAGAAGAAGGUGCCAGGAACCAAGAUCCCACUGAUUUUUCAAAAGUUGAUUGCCCAGAUAGAAGAGGCAACUCUGGAAACAGAAGGACUUCUUAGAAUACCAGGUGUUGCAACAAGAAUAAAGAGUCUAUGCCAAGAACUGGAAGCAAAAUUUUAUGAAGGGACUUUCAACUGGGAAAAUGUAAAGCAACAUGAUGCAGCAAGUCUUUUAAAACUCUUCAUCCGUGAACUGCCUCAGCCACUCCUCACUGUAGAAUAUCUGAAAGCUUUCCAAGAUGUACAGAAACUUCCAACGAAGAAACAGCAACUGCAAGCUUUGAAUCUGUUGGUUCUCCUUCUACCUGAAGCAAACAGAGACACUCUGAAGGUACUGCUUGAAUUCCUCCAAAGGGUAAUUGAUCAUCGAGCGAAAAAUAAAAUGACGCUAAAGAAUGUUGCAAUGGUGAUGGCCCCAAACCUUUUCACGUUUCAUGGCUUUAGCUCAAAGACUAUUGAACAAAGCGAGUUUGUUAUGGCAGCUGGAACAGCAAAUGUCAUGCGUUUUAUGAUUCAAUACCAAAAACUUCUCUGGACAGUAAGUGUAUUCGUAAUGGGCAGGGAGGG